AUGUCCUAUACCUUUCAAAAAUUAAAAGUGACAUUUCCGUCACAAUACGUACUUCAUGUGGAAUUAAAUAACUCCGAGAAAUUAAAUGCUUUCGAUCGAACUUUAUGGAAUGACGUUAAAGAAUGCUUCAUGAGCAUUGAGGCGGAUUCUACAGUUAGAGUUGCCGUAAUCUCUGGAGCGGGCAAAUUAUUUUCAGCUGGAAUUGACUUCAAUACAUUAUCAGAGAUAAAUGAAGGUGAAGUAAUAGAUUUUGCACGGAAGGCAUAUUAUUUACGACGCUAUCUUAGGAUAAUCCAAGAUUCAUUCACUGCAAUUGAAAAUUGCAAUAAACCUGUCAUUGCCGUAGUUCACAACGCCUGCAUUGGGGCCGGGGUUGAUUUGAUUACUGCUUGUGAUAUUCGUUACUGUUCACAGGAUGCAUAUUUUUGCAUUAAGGAAGUCGAUCUUGGUUUAGCUGCCGAUAUAGGGACAUUGCAACGUCUACCUAAAAUUGUAGGAAAUAAUAGCCUUGUGAGAGAGCUUUGUUUCACUGGACGCAAAUUUUCAUCAACCGAAGCACUUAAUUUUGGCUUAGUGAAUAAAAUUUUGCAGACAAAAGAAAUAGCGCUGGCCGAAGCAUUCAAGGCGGCAAGUAUUAUUGCCUCUAAAUCACCGGUAGCGAUUGCAGGAACAAAGCACCUUUUAAACUAUUCACGUGAUCAUUCGGUCAACGAAGGUCUCGAAUAUACUGCAUUAUGGAAUUCAGCGAUGCUCAAUAGCAAGGACUUAAUCGAAGCAUUUAAAUCUUCGAUGGCAAAAGUAAAGCCAACGUUCGCAAAACUUUAA